AAUAAACUAUAAUAACUAGGAUAUUAAAACAUGGCAGAUUCUUGCACGUUCUCAUCUCUUGGUCUAUCAAGUUGGUUGGUUAGACAGUGCGAGGGUCUUGGAUUCAAAGAGGCCACUCCAGUACAGAAGAACUGUAUUCCACCAAUAAUGGAAGGAAGGGACUGUAUUGGUUCUGCUAAGACUGGCAGUGGAAAGACAGCUGCAUUUGCUCUCCCUAUACUUCAUUCACUUUCACGUGAUCCUUACGGGAUAUACGCAUUAGUUUUAACGCCCACCAGGGAACUUGCCUAUCAAAUUUCGGAUCAGUUUUGUGUCCUCGGCAAGCACAUUGGCGUCAAAAGUGAAGUAAUUGUUGGUGGAGUUGACAUGAUGGUUCAAGCUUUGGCAUUGUCAAGGAGACCACACAUUGUCGUGGCAACUCCGGGUC